UUUCUUUUGUGCCGAAUUCAAGUUCCUGUUGUCAUUCCGAGCAUUUAUCCCUGUCCGAUAUUUUUGUAUGCACACAUAUACUAAAGCGGAAACUGCGGCUCUGCUUUUAGAGUAAAUAUAAAUUCGCGAAUCGCUGCUGAAUGAUGAUACCGGCGCAAAUUACAUCACGUAUAAAGGUGUUUGCUCAAUUACACGGCACUUUUGGUCACGAGUUUGCAGCAGUUACAUUCGAAAGCCGCAAACACGGAAUUCAAUUUUCUCGUUAUAAUUUAUGUUUGAUCUAGUUUUUUAAACAAACGGCUGCUUUUUGUGUGUUGCAAGGAGUCGCCGUAUUUUUUCUUGUGGCACGGAGCCAAGGAACGAACUGGAUUUUCGCUUUACACAUUUCUAAAGCACUGCCAUCUGAUUCUGGCGUUGCCAAAAACGAUAGCAUCGAUAUUGUCGCUAAUAAGCUAAAUUUACGGAGACCAUGUCGUUCGUAUUGAUGGAGUGUCAUAAUUUCCCGUCGCAUCCACCAUUUCACUGUUAAGCACGCGGAAAUUCGGGAGCACUAAUUACUUGCUCGCUGCUCUGGAUUGCAGUUAAUCGGAAUUGGAAAAAUGACGAAAUUCAGCAACGAUGACGAUCAAAAAUAAACAAGACUCGAUGUACUUUUAUUUGCUUUAAUUAACAAACGUUGCGAGAGAUAACAAAGCUCCAGUUUUGGAAUGAGGCAAGAUUAGACACAGACAUAAAUUUUGCAAAAUUUCAUUCAACCACAAAAUGAAUACUUUUGUAGUGUUUUAAUAUUUCAUCCAAGAUAAUUGGUAUUUAUGUUGGUUAAGGCGUUAAUUAUAACUUUAAAUUGGGGUUUCGUUAGAAUCCCUUCAGUAAGGAUUUUAUUUCAUUAACAAGAAAAUUAAUACUAGUCUUAAAUUUUACUCCUUUUGAUGUUAAAUGAGGAGCGGAAUUAAUUCGACCAGUUUAAGGCAUUAGUUAAUUAAUUCAUUAAACUCCAGAACAAAUUGGUCGCUUUCAAUCUAAUUUUACAAAAAUUAAAAAGCAUACCUUAAAAGUGGCAAAAGUGAAUAAACUGGUAACUUAUUUACAUUUUACAAAACAUAAAAUCAGGAAUAGACACAUCCAGGUCCACUUAUAGAUUUUAUUAUGAAAAAAAUGGAGAAACCAAAACAGAUUGUCAUCAUCUAUAAAAAAGUUAUUCUAGGGUUAUCAUUAAACUGUAUUUAUAUUUCUGAAUCAUCUACGUAAGCAAAAUAAUAAUAACAUCACCAUAAAACCUGAAAUAAAAGUUUAUUAGUUUUGGUAUAGAGUAGGGCAAAAAUAAUUAAUUAUGACAUCAAAAUCUGACUAAUCAGUAAUCACACUAAGGACUUUCAUCAGUUUGAGCAAAUUAAACGUCAAAAUUCAUAAUACGUAACGUUACAAUGUCAAUUAGAAUUAAUUGACAUAAAAUUCCUCUAUACAGGACGCUUAUAAAUUUGCACUACUUUACAUAAAUUUUCUCGCAAUAGAUCUAUUUAAAACCUACUGGAGGCUAAUAAGUAUCCUAUUAUAAUACACUCGUAAAAAUUACGGACGUGAACUAAAGAAAUUUCUUUAUGUGAAGCAAGGAAAUCCCAAGUCUCUAUAAAUUACCCACAAAGAAACGUGGAAUUGUCAAGGGAUUAGAAAACAGAAAUUUUGCGAUUUUUAUGUAGGAAUGUUUUGUUGCCUCCUGCAAUUCACAUUUUCACAAUUAAAUUUGUUUUUGUCUGUUUUAUAUUAAAUCUAGAAUCUAAAACGUUAAUUAAGACAUAGACAACACCAGGUGAUUACUCAAAUUAUUCGCGCUUCGUUAAUUUCGUGAGCAGAUUUUCAGCGAUAUUUUGCUGGGUUUUUGUUUUACGUUUUAGUUCAAUGUCAGGAAAGAAUUUAGAUUGUUCGUGUGCCGGAAGCAAUGAUUCCCUUAUAAAGCGUCUAAUUACAAGACAAAACAUUUCAGUUACUUUGGAAAAUUAAAUAGAGAAAAUCUUCCAUCCCCGGUGUUAUUUUCAGACAAUUUUGUUCUUUAGGUCGAGAAUUGAACGCUCGCUAAAUUUAUCUCUAUUUCUGAAUCUUUUCGCUAAAAUAUCCUUUGAUUGAUUGAUUAUUCUCCUACUAUCAAUCAUAUUAAGUGUCUGCAUAAAAGAAGACAAACACGUCUAUGACACUAACUCCCUUCUUCGGCGCGUUUUAAAUGUAUUAAUAAUUCCAGUUUCGUAACUGCACACCAUGAAUUAUUUAUUUUUUGCCACACAAUAAAUACUUGAAUGCAAAAGAUAAAAACCGGCAAUAUCAUGCUCUUUUCUGCAAGCGCCACAAAACACAAAAUAAAUUUCUGCAGCAGAAACGGGGAAUUUACUGCAAGUCGCACCGUGCACUUUAAACUUUUAUACCUUCAUUUCAGCUUUAAACUGCUUUUGCCAAAUUAAUUGGGAAUAUUAAGAAACAAGACGCAAUAAACACAAGUCGUUUAAGCGGAAAGCUGUCGUUUCCACAAAGCGUCACCGCAAUUAAGAAGACUUGAUCACACUCGCAUAAUUUCCAAGCAAAUAAGGGCGAGUCCUUGAAGUAUUUCGCGUUGCUGAAACGUUUACCUUUUGUCAAUGUGGAAUUCCUGCCUGGGGCAAUUCUCGAAAUUCUAACGUUGCCAAUCACACAUCCUUUAAUUUAAUGCAGGUCCCCAACUUUGAAACUUCUUUCGAGUCCCGGUUUAAUUAAAGCAAAUACUCGCAACUUUGCUCAGGUCUCCGGAGCGCAUUGUUCAAGAAAAACAAGAUAAAUGUCUUAUGUCUUGCCCCAACCCAAAUUAUUUUCCGGAAUAAGUUAAGUGCGGGAAACAGUCCUGCCGCACGCAAGUGUCAUGUUUUGAAUAAAUCUCAUUUUUUAUUCGCACCCUCCGCUUUAUACAUAUUAAAACGCCGUUAACCGUAUUGCCGUGUCUACAUUUCAUUACUUCCACCCCUCCAGACGAGUUAAUUUCAUAAUUCAAAUUGUGAUGAACCAUACCGACGACGUAAAGAGACAAGAGUGAGAUCGACUUUUGAUGGUUUUCGGAGUUAAUAAUGAACACCGUGCAAAGUACCGGCACGGGAGGACACGGCUGCAACAAAAAGGACCAAAGAAACGAGGAACUGGUCGUCAGUUCCCCCAACGAGAGGAACUGGAGAGGCAUCUUCAUAGCCCUUCUAGUGAUAGUCGCCGUUCUCGGCCUAAUUGUUUUCAGUAUUGUGCUGGUCUCGCCGCCUGAAGAAGGGCCUAGGUCCAAAGGCAACAAACCUUCCCUAGAAGACAUCUUCAUCAAGCUUCCACCCCCAGCCAGGUUCAACGGGACCUGGCUCACAGAAUCCGAGUUUGUCUACAAAGAUGAACACGGGGGAGUCACAUUAUACAACGCCGACAACUUAACUACGAGAAUAAUUAUGACAAAUUCUACUUUUAGACAAUACGAUGCAGUCGAUUUCAGAAUUUCGAGCGACUUGCGGUUCGUCCUCCUCAUAUGCGAAGUGACAAAAAUUUACAAAUUCACCACGUUGGCGAAAUAUUACAUUUACGAAAUUCAGACAAGAAUACGAAAGCCCCUGUCGCCGAAAGAGCUCGACGACAGGGCUCCAUUCCUGCAAUACGCCGCGUGGUCCCCUGAUGGCACAGGCGUGGUGUUUGUCCACGAUAACGACAUUUAUUACAAACCAAAAGUCGAGAAGGAUUUAGUUUGUAGAAUAACCAGCACCGGAAAGCCCAGCCUCGUGUAUAAUGGGGUCCCGGAUUGGCUGUACGAAAAUGAAAUACUCAAAACUUCCCACACCGUGUGGUUCUCGCCAAAUAGCUUAUAUCUGCUCUAUAUUACCUUCAACGACACUCAAGUGGGAGAGUACAAAUACCCUUGGUACGACAGUGGCAACCCCAAAGUCACUUAUCCGCGAAUAAAAUCGUUCAGGUUUCCCACAGUGGAAACCCCGAAUCCUGACGUAACCGUCUGGAUGGUCAAUUUAACUAGGCCGAAGUAUCUGUUCCCCGUGGAGCUAAAGCCAACAAACAGUGUGGAAAUUGGAAGUUAUAUAACUAGCGCCAGCUUCCUCGGGGAGCAGAAUGUUGCGAUAAUUUGGUUAAACAGACAUCAGAACGUUUCGGUCAUACUAACAUGCAAGCCCCAGAACAAUUACAACUGCACUGAUUUUCACAUUGAACGGGAACACAUCGGCUGGUCCGAGCGAAUUUUUCACCCGGUUUUCUCGCAUAAUGGAAAUCAGGCUUUGGUUAGACUCCCGGUGAAAGACGGCGAUAAUGGCCAUUAUAUGCACGCUUGUUUGCUUUUCAACAACAACGUGAUCCCCUUGACACACGGUGCUUUUGAAUUAAGUCGCAUUCUCGCGUGGGACGAGCCGAAGAACCUAAUAUAUGCCCUGGCGACAAAUGAGAACGCGCCGGGAGUUCGGCACUUGUUCAAAAUAGGCGAUACAAACUCCUCACAACAAUGGACUUGCAUGACUUGUCAGCCGCGAAUCGACCCCAACGUCACUUACGUCUAUUUUCAAGACAACAUGAACGAAACCAUGAUUAACAACAGCUUGCUCGGGAAUUACGCCUGCGACUUCAACAACAUCAUUUUCAGCAAAAACUACAAAUACUACAUUCAAGAGUGUCUGGGACCAAACAUUCCUGUAGUUUUUCUAGUAGAAACUGCCACAAAUACGAGACUUGCGGUUUUAGACGCUAGCGUGAAACUCACACGGAAGGUCAAAAAUCUUUCAGCGCCUCAAAUCAAAACGAUACAAGUGGAGAUAGAGGACGGGUACAGAGCCCAAGUCAGGUUGUACCUACCGCCGAUUUUGCGGGAGUACGAAGAAGUGACUUUUCCGCUCAUUCUUUUGGUUGACGCUUCACCUUCCUCUCAAACCGUCUCCCAACAGUGGGAGUUGUCCUGGCCGUGGUACCUCGCCAGUACCCGAAACUACAUAGCCGCAAAAAUCGACGCUAGAGGAUCAGGGUUUCAAGGGGUCCGAAUGAGACGAGAAAUUCAACACAAAAUCGGUUCUGUCGAAGUUCAGGACCAACUGGCCGUCCUGACUUAUCUAAGAGACACGUUUAAAUUCAUCGAUAGGACUAAAAUCUGCACCGUUGGGAAAGGCUACGGCGGAUAUGUCGCAACAAUGAUGCUGCUUGAAGACUUUUACCAAGUUAUCAACUGUUCAGUCAGCAUCUCACCCAUAACCAACUGGCGAUACCACAAUUCUUAUUUUACGGAAAAAUAUUUGGGAAUCCCGUCAAGACAUCUCCACGAUUACGAAAACGCGGACUUGACGAUGAGGGCCGGUAAUUUAAACGAGCGCCGGUUUUUGCUCAUCCACGGGUCCGCCGACACUUCGGUAACCCCACAACACGCGUUGCUGUUUGCCAGGGCUUUGAUCGAGCAAGAGGUGCUGUUCCAGCAGCUGGUGUAUCCCGAUGAAGGUCACGAGUUUUCCAGAAAAUCUCUUAUCCAUAUGUACAAAGAAAUCGAUCAGUUUUUUAACGAUUCUUUCGGGCCCAUCAUUGAUGAUUGGAACGAUGAUUCAAGUUUUUUUAUACAGUAAAUUGUUACAACAGCCCCUUAUUGUUAUACAGAAAAUUAACCGGUUACCCUUUGGAUCGAACACAUUUUUUAUACAAAAAAUUACUCAAAAUUUGGGUGCUUCAAGCUUGAAAACGUCCAUCUUCCCUGCAUUUGGAAUGUGAAAUUUUGUAUAGUUAUACCCUUGUUUGUUAUAUGUUUAUCGGUCAUUUUGCGUCGACAGAUAGUGUAACUGAAGUUUGCCGCAUUCCAGUUUUUUACGAUAUUAUAAAUGUAUAUAUGUGCCUAACCUUAGCUUUAUCGUUAAUCGUUAAAGUGAGUAUAACAUAUUAUAUUUUUUGUUGCUGAACAUAUGUAACUAUAUCAUACUCAUUGUUAAUAAUGUUAUAUUUGUACGAUAUGUACUGACUUCAAUGUGACACCAAAGCCAAAUAAAUGUUAAAUUUAUUCAUAAA